AUGAAAUAUGUUCAGGUUUCUGCUGAAUCAACUAACACACAGUUUCUUUCUCAGAUCUCCCCUCCGAUACUUGACCUCGACACAAAACUGCAACAGCAGAAGGUGCUGGAUGCAAUGAAAGAGCAGGAGGAGGAGAAAAGAAGAGAUGAGGAGACACAACAAGACAUGGAGGAGAAAAUAGAGGAGCAGAAUAAUUCCCAGGAAAAGGGGACAUCGAAAGAUGCUGAGGGGAAGACAGGCAACAAAGAGGAGAGAGAUGAGACUGGGAAACAGUCAAAUGAAGACAAGAUGAAGAAGGAGGAGAGUGGACAGCUGAAGAGCUCAAAGAACAGAAUGAGCACUCUGGAAAGGAGACCUAAAAGAAGCAUGGGAAAAAGAGGAAAAGAGGAGGACAGAAGAGGAGAUAGAUUUUCUUCUCAAAACCUCCUAACCCCCUUCCCAACCUGA